AGUUUGGCGUGUGCCUUAGACAUGUUAACCGUCCAGUCCGUCCUAAUCUUGUUGAUAUCCAUAAAGAUUGUAAACAAUUGCUAUAUGUAUCCUCCAGACGUUAGAGAUCCAUGCAAAGGUGUCGUGUGUCCUCACGGAGCUUAUUGCGAGCCAUCGUUAGACGGUAUCAGUUCCAGAUGUGUGUGCAGGAAAGAAUGUUAUUCUUUUGGCAAUCAUGUGGAUUCAUAUGCCGUUUGUGGAAGUGACGGUAAAACAUAUAGCGAUCUCUGUCAUCUAGAGAAAUAUGCCUGCGAUAAUGUUCUCAAUAUUACGGUUAAAUAUAAAGGAGAAUGCGGUAAGUGGAUUUCUUAGUUCCAUUUCGAACCUGAGGGAGAAAGGCAAAGUAGACGGGAAGAGGGGUAUGUGAGAGAGCGGCAGAGAGCGAGAGGUGGAGAGAGGUAGAGUGGAAUCGGGAUCGUAGAAGAAAGUCGGCCACUGUCGAUACCAUAAACCACUUAAUUUUUACUUACUUUUUCGCUUCCUCUUCAAAUAUUUAAAUAAAACAGUAAAAUUCUAUCCAUUAAUUAAGAGAGUACCAUUUUCUAUCGUUCUCUUCGAAUUACAUCUAAGAAGAAGAAGAAGAAGAAG